AGCUGCUCUGCUUAGCACAGCUCACCCUGCGCUGUGUGUCAGAGGGACAGACAGUGAGACGAAUCAGUGUCUUGGCGUCUGAGUGGACAGUAAUGUCGGGGCAGCGUGUUUGUGUCGAGGACUUUGAGAAGGAAGCCAAGAAAGUUCUUCCUAAAGCUGUGUAUGACUACUACUGCUCAGGAGCUGAUGAGCAAAACACACUGGCUGAUAAUGUUGCUGCCUUUAAGAGAUGGCACCUUGUCCCUCGUGUGUUGAGGGAUGUGUCCAAAGUGGAUCUCUCUGUCUCUGUGCUGGGCCAGAAGCUUAGCAUGCCGCUCUGUGUUGCAGCCACAGCAAUGCAGAGGAUGGCUCAUCCUGAGGGAGAGACAGCUACAGCAAGAGCAUGCAGAGCAGUAGGGACAGGGAUGAUGCUGAGCUCCUGGGCCACCUCCACCAUAGAGGAAGUGAUGUCAGCAAUGACGGCCUCACCAGGUGGUGUCCUGUGGCUGCAGCUUUACAUCUACAAAGACCGAGAGCUCACACUAUCAUUGGUCCGCCGGGCAGAAGAGGCGGGCUAUAAGGCUAUCUUUGUCACUGUGGAUACACCAUACCUGGGGAGGAGAUGGGAUGACAUGCGCAAUCGCUUUAAACUGCCCUCACACCUGAGCAUGUCUAACUUCUCAUCAGCCUCCCUGGCUUUCUCUGAGGGAAACUAUGGCAACGACAGUGGUUUGGCUGUCUAUGUUGCAAAGGCAAUAGACCCCACUCUCUGUUGGGAUGACAUCACAUGGCUAAAAAAACACACACACCUUCCUGUGAUUGUGAAAGGCGUACUUAAUGGUGAGGAUGCUGUCCAGGCUGUGAACUACGGCGUCGAUGGCAUCCUGGUGUCAAAUCAUGGAGCUCGACAACUGGAUGGGGUUCCUGCCACGCUAGAUGUGUUGGAGGAGGUGGUAAAGGCAGUGCAGGGUCGCUGUGAUGUCUACCUGGACGGAGGAGUGCGGAGAGGGACAGACGUCCUAAAGGCCUUAGCUCUGGGAGCAAAGGCUGUCUUCAUUGGGCGACCAGUGCUGUGGGGCCUUGCCUGUCAGGGGGAGCAGGGAGUUACAGAGGUUCUAGAACUUAUAAAAGAGGAACUGCGUUUGGCUAUGGCCCUGUCAGGUUGUCGUUCUGUAUCUGAGGUGAGCAGGUCUCUGGUCAGGAGACUAGAGUUCACCUCCAGGAUGUGAAAGAAGACUCUACAAUACAUUCCUGAUGGAUCACUGGACAUUCAUUUGUCAAAUUACCGUAAAACUUUAAUAAUAUUAAUAGCCUGGGCUAUUAUUUGCUUAAGUCACUGAAAUCAACAAGCCUUUAUUUGGGACAGGCAUCCUUAUGGUACAGGCCUUUAAUUCCUUUCACACAAAACUGUUCAUCAGCAAAGAUUGGGAAAUACAAUUGAAUUGUUUAUUUAAACCAGUAUGAAUAUUACUUGUUUAAAAAUUAGGCUUCAGGUGAUAUAUCAAUUUCGAAUCAUUCAUUUGAUCUAGCUCCGCAUCAGAUAGAGAGUGAGUUACAGCACUCGAGGAUUACCGUACCCGGCAUCCCGACAUGACACCACUUUAUCCUGUUCAAGCAAUAUUCACAACUUUGGGAAAUCAAGGAAUGGAGGCAUAAUUUGAGGUAGCCAACAAUCUGGUUUAAAAAAAAAAUUGAGACAGGUGUUAAUUUGUCAAAAUGUGUAGCCACAGCGGGCUAGUAACAGGAACUAGGUGUUUAAUUGAAGUUUUGAGGUAAUUAACUUUAUGUUUGUAUUCAGACUUUAUUGUAAGACUGGGAUGUAAUACUGGCCAAUGUCUUGUUGUAACUAAAUGCAGUGGCAGUAAUAAAAAUGUAUUUUUUAAAAAACUGUGUACAAUAAAUGCAUUUUGUGUCAAAGCAG